CUGCGCUUGCGUUCAACUCCGCCUCUCUCUGCUUUCCUCUCGCUUUUUCAUGGCAAAUGACGGCUCCACCGCCCUCCCCGCUGCAUUUGACCGGCGCGGGUUUUUUAUCGCUCGCCUCCACCUGCGCCUUUCGCGCGCACGCACGCACGCACCCGCGCGCGCGCGCGCAUCCUCCUCGGCUGACUUGAGUCCGGCUGCUCAUUGUCAGGCGCGCAACUCCCCCCUCGCUGUCGCUUUCCAACUCGGAACGUCAGCCGCCGCGCAGCUUUUCAAUCUGCUUUGUCGCCGGGAAGGAUCGUCCACGAGCGGCACGUUCGCCUCGGGAGGCUUCUUGUGUGCAACGGGUGACGACCUUUCUUCGGCCGCGUCUGCUGCAGAUGCUCUGGGAAACGUCCACCCGGCUCCUCCCUCCUGCCUGCUUUUUGGGGUCCACCACCACCAGCAGCACCAGCACGCAAGGUGACAAAUCCAAACAGACGGCGGCCAUGCACCCGGACUGCGCCCUGGUGCUCCAGCACAUGAAGGCUCAGGAAGAAUGCGGCCGCCUCAUCGUGCGGGAGCAAAAGCAGCGCUCUGCCGCCGCGGGCUGCCCGACGCUGUGGGACGAGAUUCGCUGCUGGAAGGCUGUCGAGGUGGGACGGGCGGUGGGCGUGGCCUGCGCCAAUAUCUCACAGCUCUUUGAUAACAAAGGUUCCGUCUACCGGAACUGCACGGAGGAGGGCUGGUCCGAGCCGUACCCGACCUACGCGGACGCCUGCCGCUUUGCGGACGACGCUCCGGCGGAAUCCCAGACCACGUACUUCUCCAACUUCAAGCGGGUGUACACGGCCGGCUACGCCGCCUCGCUGGUCUCCCUGCUGUCCGCCAUUUUUGUCUUUGCGGUCUUCAGGAAGUUCCACUGCACCAGGAACUACAUCCACAUCAACCUGUUCUUGUCCUUCGUUCUGAGAGCCAGCGCCGUCUUCAUCAAAGACCAAAUUCUUUUCUCCGAUCAAGACCUGGACCACUGUUUCAUGUCCACUACAUCCUGCAAAUCGGCAGUGGCCUUCUUCCAGUUCAGCAUCCUGGCCAACUACUUCUGGCUGCUGGUGGAGGGCAUGUACCUGCAGACGCUGCUAGCGCUCACCUUUGUCUUCCAGAAGAAGUACUUCUGGUGCUACGUUCUCAUCGGUUGGGGUGCGCCGUCGACCAUUAUAAGCGCCUGGAUCUUGGCCCGCAACUUCUACGACGACAGAGGCUGCUGGGAUGACACGGACGUGGCCUUCAUCUGGUGGAUCAUAAAAGCGCCAAUCACCCUCUCCUUGCUGGUCAACUUCACGAUCUUUGUCAACGUGAUCCGCAUUCUGGUGCAGAAGCUGCGACCUCCCGCCGUGGCCGGCAACGACGGCGCUCACUUCAAGCGACUGGCCAAAUCCACCCUGCUGCUCAUUCCGCUUUUUGGGAUGCACUACAUGGUGUUCGCUUUCCUGCCGGAGAACACGGGCGCCGAAGCUCGUCUUUUCAUCGAGCUGGGCUUGGGAUCCUUUCAGGGAUGUGUGGUGGCCUUCCUCUACUGUUUCUUCAACGGCGAGGUGCAGGCGGAAGUGAAGAAGCGCUUUUGGAAGUGGCAGACUCAGAAGGACCUGCGCUACAGUCGACGACGCCGAACCUUGUUGGCCGAGAGCAGCACGCUAACGCAGAUUUCCGUCCUUGACAAAGGCAGCCCCAAAGACGAGGGCGGCCGCGGGCCCGGCGCGGCCCCGCCCUGCCACGUCUCCGCCGUUUGAGGAGCGGCGGGCCGGCGCGUCGCAGCGCCGCUGUUGGCCACCAGACGGGAACCCAAUCCGGUCCGGCUCGUUUGAACGUCUCUUUGGGUUUGGCGCGGCGCCGGCGGGUUUGGAAAAUGGCGCCAGCGCGUGCGGACGGGGCGGUCGCGGCGAACGACGGCCACGCCGCGGCAUCCCCGUUCCCAUCUUUGUCCAAUAAAAUCGUUGUUGUGCA